CUCGCCGUCUUCUGCGCUGGUCGAACGUGCGCCCAUGCUCCGUGCUCACGCGCAACGCGAUCGAAACCUCGCCGGACUUGACGUGUUAUCCUGUGAACUUAGUGUAUCAAAGCUGCCAUAAGUCGAGAACUGGCCAGGUGGUCGAGAUUCUGUUGUGUGCGAAAUCGGUCAAAUUGGAUUUAGUUAGAUCGUGAUGUUCGCGCGGUGACGUGGAAGAGUCGAAGCUGGCUAGCGAGGUCGCGGUGCAGGGGUGGUGGCGGUCGCGUGCGCUGGAUGCGGUAGGGGCUGAGGCAGGCGGAGGGCCCGCCGGCGCCGCCGUGGCGAUGACGGUGCAGCGCGACGAGCGCGACGCGCGCGCGCCCCGGACGCGCUUCAUGAUCACGGACAUCCUGGACGCGGCGCCGAGGGACCUCAGCGCGCACAGGGACUCCGACUCGGACAGAUCCGCCACUGAUUCCCCAGGAGUGAAAGACGACUCAGAUGAUGUUUCAAGCAAAAGUUGCGGAGGUGACUCAUCAGGAUUAGCAAAGAAGCAGCGAAAAGCACGAACGGCAUUCACCGAUCAUCAGUUGCAGACGUUAGAGAAAUCCUUUGAGAGACAAAAGUACCUUAGCGUCCAGGAUCGGAUGGAGUUGGCCGCGAAACUAGGGCUCACUGAUACGCAAGUGAAAACUUGGUAUCAAAAUAGAAGGACGAAAUGGAAGCGGCAAACGGCAGUGGGGCUAGAACUAUUAGCUGAGGCCGGUAACUACGCAGCGUUCCAGCGGUUGUACGGCGGCUACUGGGCGGGCGUACCGGCGUACCCCGCGCAGCCCGCGCCGGCCGCGGCCGACCUCUAUUACAGACAAGCGGCCGCUACCGCGGCGGCUGCGGCGUCGGCCACCGCCAACACGCUACAGAAACCUUUACCGUAUAGGUAA